AUGGUUACCCUAGCAACAUUUGUUAUUGUUGCCUUACUUAACCCCUACUCUCUUCUCAAGGCAUCACCCUCCAUGGCUUCAACUUUGGAGAGUGGCCUUCUCGAUUGUUUUGGAAAGAAUCGCUUGACAAACUAUACCACAAUCAAUUCACGACCCCAAAUUUGUUACAAACUCCUCAAUUUCUCAUUACAAAACCUUCGAUUCACCGAGCCGUCAGUCCCAAUGCCCUAUGUUAUCGUUCUCCCUUCAAGUAAUAUCCAAGUACAACAUGCUGUGGUGUGCUCAAGACAACACGGGUGGCUUAUACAUGCACGAUGUGGGGGCCAUAGCUACGAGGGCUUCUCGUCAACUGGGGACUCACCAUUUGUCAUCAUUGAUCAGAUGAAUUUGAACAAGGUGGAGGUUGAUGUUGCUGAAGGAACUGCUUGGAUAGGGGGUGGAACCACCCUAGCUGAGGCUUACUACCACAUAGCAAAUGCUAGUAAGGAUCGGUAUGGUUUCUCAGCAGGAACCUGCCCCACAGUGGGGAGUGGGGGACACAUUAGUGGUGGGGGAUUUGGGCACAUGUCUAGGAAAUUUAGGCUUGUUGCUGAUAAUAUAUUGGAUGCAUUGGUGGUAAAUGUUGUGGGGCUUCUAUUGAAUAGGACCACAAUGGGGGAUGGUAUGUUCUGGGCCAUCAGAGGUAGUGGCGGUGGAAGUUGGGGAAUGGUAGUAGCUUGGAAGCUCAGCAUCCAAUAUAUAAUAAAUUGGCGAACACAAGAUGAUGAUUACAAGUACUUGAAUUGGAUCAAAAGCUUUUAUGAGUAUAUGGAGCCCUAUGUGAGCAAGUCCCCAAGGGAGGCUUAUGUCAAUUACUUGGACAUAGACUUAGGGGCUGCUAGAAAUGGAACUGCAAGUGUGGAAACUGCAAGAGAAUGGGGUAUAAUGUAUUUCAAGGAUAAUUUUGAUCGUCUUGUUCGAGUGAAGAGCCAUAUUGACCCUCACAAUGUGUUUAGGUACCCACAGAGUAUUCCUGUCAACACGAAACAAGUACUAUGAAACAAGGAAUG